AUGGCGACAGCACUCGUUGAUAAGCUCACCGCGUCUGGCGGCUCUGAGUCCGCAGGAUUCCUGAACGACAUUGUCGUCCAGCUAUGGCCUCACAUCAACGUUGCCGCGGGCAGGAUGGUAAAGGAGAUUGUCGAGCCCAUGUUCGCCACCAUGCUUCCGGGCCCUCUUGCAUCGCUUCGUUUCGUCAAGAUCGACCUCGGACAAGUGCCGAUGAGAUUCUCUGAAGUAGACGUGCACAAGACCGACAAUGACGGUAUUAAGCUUGACAUGGACCUGGACUGGGAAGGGACCUGUGAUAUUGAGCUCGAGGGAAAGAUGGUGCCCAAGCUGGGCAUUGAGCACGUUCACUUGCAUGGCAGACUUUCGGUCCUGCUCUGCCCCUUGACGGAUAUUAUUCCUCUGAUCGGAGCAGCGCAAGUUGCCUUCAUCAACCCACCUACUCUGAAGCUCGACUUCACCGACGCCGCCAAUAUUGCUGACUGCUUCCUGAUCGAGAAGGCCGUCCGCAAGGUCAUCCUCAACAUUGUCUCGUCCCUGGCCGUCCUCCCUAACCGCUACCUCGUCAAGUUGGAUGCCAACAAUGACUGGUUCAAGGCAUACCAGCCCCAUGUUGGUGUUUUGCGCCUGACUGUUGAGAAGGCGACCGGCAUCAACGGGCCCAAGAAGAGCGGCGCGAAGAGACUACUGAGCAAAAUUAUCAAGGACGUCCCCGACUGCUUCUGCAGCGUGACCGUCGGCGCGGAGGAGAUGUGGCGCACUACGACCAAGAAGAACGACCACAACCCAGUCUGGAACGAGACGCACGACUUCCUCGUGGCCGAUUUCGACCAGGUUAUUGCCCUCGAUGUCGACGAUGAUGACCUGGUCGGCGACGACGACAUCGGCUUGGCAAGCACUACUGUCAAGGAAAUCCUGCUGAAUGGCGGCACUCACGAACUGGACCUCCUCCAUAACGGCGAGCCGACCGGUGCCAAGAUUGUGAUCCACGCCCAGUUCUUCAACUUUGUUUCCGACGUCGGCGCCCUGACGUCCUCCGAGAACCAGGGCGAGGGCCAAAUCUGCGGUCUUGCUACGGUGCUGAUUGCGAGCGCUCUCGGCCUCGAGGGCAACCGUAGAGAGUUGAACCCCAGCGUCAAGGUGACGUGGGGAGCCUCCCAGUUCCAGACCCCGGCCAAGACUUACAGUCCGGGAAUGGACAUUUUCAACCCCAACUUCGACAGCGCCUUUAAGAUCCCCGUGACCUCGGAUAUGAUCAACAACCCGGGAAGCUUUAGGAUUGCGCUAAUGAACAAGACCGACGAGGCGGGAGCCGUCGAGAUUCCCUUGUCAGACGUGCUUGAGGCUCCUGGUUUGGUGAAGGAGGGUGAGUUUGACGUCGGCUCAGGCGCGGUCGUUAGAGCCAGUAUUUCUCUCCGGGGUUUGCAACACGCUCCGGUGAACUAA